AUGGACGUCCCUGUUAAGAAAUAUUUUCCAGCUACAGUCUCUUGUCAAGUCUACAAAACUGCCUUUGUGAUUAAGAAUAAGUUGACAGAAGAACAAAUGAGACUAUAUGGGAAAACGGCCUUUGGUCCCUUGUUGGAUACAUAUCUUGUUUUAAUUGGACAAACUUUGGAAAUAGUAGAAAGAGAAACAAGCAGUGAAAGACUGCGAGAACUCAUUCUUGGUCAAAAGGACCCAAAUGGAAAGAAUAGUUCUUGCAAGGAUGUAGAGACCGCAUUUGAGAAGUUCAAUUUUACUAAUGGUGAAGAUGUUGUCAAGGUUGCAUUGACACUAUUCAUUAAAACGGUGAUGAUUGGAAAAGAUAAGAAAACUCAUUUCGAUGUGAAUAUAUUUGGGACUGUUGGUGACCAUGAAGUCUUUGUACAUUAUGAUUGGUCUUCUCUCUUUUAUGAACGUACAUUGAAUAGCAUGAAGACUAUCAUGCGCGGGAAGAAAGAGGACUAUUGUUAUGUUGAGAACUUGACUGUGUAG